AUGGGUACAGCUGGUGGUGUAUUAGCCGGCGUAAUUCCAACACAUUAUAAUCCGGAUGAUCCUAUAACACUUUUUAUAAUUCAAGUUGUGUUGAUAAUUUUUUUUACUCGUAGUUUAAACUUGCUGCUGUCACGUUUUCGUCAGCCAAGGGUCAUUUCAGAAGUAGUUGGUGGUAUAAUUCUGGGUCCAACAGUCAUGGGUCGUAUACCAAAUUUUAUGGAUAGUAUUUUCCCUGGACCAUCACUACCAAUGCUUAACUUAUUGGCAACUUUGGGUUUGGUAUUGUUUCUUUUUCUCAUUGGUGUGGAAUUGAAUCCUAGUUUGAUAUUAAGAAAUGCAAGGAAAGCUAUCACUAUAUCUGCAUCUGGUUUAACUUUGACUUUUAGUCUUGGCAUAGCUAUAGGUUAUGGAUUGUAUAAUGCUUUCUAUACUGCUGAUGAUGCUACCCCUUUCACAAGUUUCGUAUUAUUCAUUGGUACAAGUAUGGCCGUCACUGUAAUUCUUGCCAGAAUUUUAUCAGAAUUGAAGCUUUUAAAAACCAUAGUCGGAACUACUGCAAUCACUGCUAGUGUUAAUGAUGAUGUAGUUGCAUGGGUUUUACUUGCUUUGGUGGUAUCAAUUGUUAAUUCAACAAACUCGAUGAACGCUUUUUACAUUUUUUUAUUGUGUAUUGGUUGGAUCCUAAUUGUAGUAUUUCUAGUUCGUCCUUUGUUACUUUAUCUUAUUGUGGAAACUGGAAGUGAUGAUAAUGGCCCUACUCUUACAAUGACUGCAUUCACUCUAACCUUUGUAUUGAUUUCUGCUUUUGUAACAAAUAUCAUUGGUGUACAUUCGAUUUUUGGUGGUUUCAUAAUGGGCGUAAUUGUUCCACAUGAGGGUGGUUUUGCUGUUGGAAUCACUGAAAAAAUUGAAGAUUUGGUCAAUGUUUUAUUCUUACCAAUUUAUUUUGCCUUAUCUGGUUUAAAAACACAAUUGGGUCUUCUAAGAGAUUUAGAAACCUUAGGAUGGACAGUUUUGGUAAUAUGUACUGCCAUGUUUGGAAAAAUAAUAGGUGUUGGUUUAGCUGCCAGACUUAAUGGUUUAACUUGGAGAGAAUCAUUGACCAUUGGCAUUUUUAUGAGUUGUAAAGGGGCAAUUGUUACAACAUUUCUCACAACGCCACUUGCACUGUUUGUUUAUCCAGAAAAUAAAAGAAAAUUAGAUCAUAGUGUAGAUGAAAAAGGAAGACAUCAUACUUAUCAUAGUGAAUCUGAAAAUACUUUACAAGGGAAAAAUGGCAGCAAAUUGUUAAUUGUAUUGAAUAAAGUUGAAUAUUUGCCUGCAAUGAUGACUUUGGUUCAAUUACUACAACCCAUACCAACUCCUCCAAGGGUUGCAAAUAAUCUGAAUGAAAAAUUCGGUGAUGGAAAAUCAAGGCCUUUAUUAAAUACAAAUAUCAACGCCAAUACAAGUCUCAGCAACAACAACGAUCUCACAAAUCUUUCCAAUGCUUCAAAUAUUUCAAGUGAACCAUUAACAAUUCAUGCAUUAAGACUUGUUGAACUUACACAACGUAUCUCUGCUGUCAUGAAAUUCAAUGAAUCUGAAGAAACUAUUCUUCAUGACCCCAUCAUGAAUGUUUUUCGUAUGUUUGGUCAACUAAACUACAUCAACAUUAAAGCAAAUCUUUCAAUUGUGUCUAUAAAUGAUUUUGCAAAUGAAGUUGCUGAAAAUUCACGAAGAAUAGGUCCUGAAAUGGUUAUAAUUCCUUGGAAUGGUGCUGGUGCUAUCAUUGAAGAUACCUCAAUUCCUUCAGUCGAUCAAAUAUUUUUAGGUCCAAAAGAAAAACAUGAAAAAAGAGAGACAAGUCCACAAAUUGCCAAUUAUGUACAAGGUGUAUUCAAUGAAGUAAACACGGCAGUGGGUUUUUUUGUUGAUAGAGGUCUUGGUGUAACCGUUGGUACAAUGCCUUUACAACCUGGUUUUCAAAUAAGCAUUGUUUUACUAUUCUUUGGUGGCAAUGAUGAUAGAGAGGCGUUGAAUUUUGUUGUUAGAUUAUUGGAUCAUCCCUAUGUUUCUGCAAAAGUUGUCAGAAUAUCACAUUCAACUGUUCUAACAGAAAAUGAUAAUCAUUCAUCAACAUUACCUACCUCCUCCACUGAAGGUGAUGAUGGACUUACAACAGAUUCUAUUUAUGAUCCAAACAAUAAUGAACCGUCAAAUUCAAAUAAUAGCAAUAAAUUACCUGAAAGACCUCAACUUGCACAUAAAAUAUCCACGGCAUCAGUUCAAGUGCUCAAGGCAGACAUUGAUCGUGAAACAUCAAAUGAAACAGAUGAUUCAUUAUUGAAACGAUAUUUUGGCACCGAGGAUGGUGCUUUGAAAUCUAAUCCACGUAUAAAAUAUUAUAGUAUAAAAGCUUUUAAACCAUUACGUGCAGCGAUCAAAGUUGCAAAAGAAUCAGUGAGCCACAAAGAUUUGGUGAUUAUAGGUCGUGGAAGGCGUGGUGCAUUGUUGACUCAUCGAGACGAAUAUCUUGAAUUAUUGAAAGAUUUAGGAAUUAAUCACCCCCAUAACAGUAAUAGGCGGAAGUGUUUAGGUGCUGUGGCCGAUGCACUAUUAUUAUCAAAAAUUGUAUCGAGUGUUUUUGUGAUUCAAGGAAAAUUGGAAGAUGAUAAAGACAAUGCAUCAACUUAUUCAUCACGUCAUGGCGAUGUAAAUCAUUGA